AGGUGUCAUUGCCGUGACGCAGCCUCGCCGGGUGGCCGCCAUCUCUCUUGCCUCUCGAGUCUCGGACGAGAAGAGAACUGAACUCGGGAAGCUGGUACCUCACCUCCUCCUCUAACGGCCGCCGCCCGCUCCCCUCGUGGUGCUUUCCCGGCAAGACUCCUGUGCUGGGAGCCCUGUUCUUGCCACGGCCGCUCAGGCCUGCCUCCGAGUCUGUCACCGGCUCUCGCGCGUCGCAGGGCCGACAGGCUGUCUGUGCCACGUACUUCGCUUUCAGUCUGUUGGCAAGUCGGAUAAAUUAGCUGUUUUCCUGAGCAUUUUUAAGGCUUCAGUAGCCUCUAAGUGUCUUGUCUGUCCAUCUGCGAGAUGGUUGGCUACAGCGUGCGCUUCGAGGACGUCAGCUCCGAUGACACCAGGAUCAAGUUCCUGACGGACGGCAUGCUUCUUCGGGAAGCGAUCUCGGACUCCCUGCUCCGGAAGUACAGCUGUGUCAUCUUGGACGAAGCCCACGAGCGGACCGUCCACACGGACGUGCUCUUCGGGGUCGUGAAGGCGGCGCAGAAGCGGAGGAAGGAGCUGGGGAGGCUGCCUCUCAAAGUGAUCGUGAUGUCCGCCACGAUGGACGUGGACCUCUUCGCUCAGUAUUUCAGCGGGGCGCCCGUGCUCUACCUGGAGGGGCGGCAGCACCCCAUCCAGGUGUUUUACACCCGACAGCCUCAGCAGGACUACCUGCACGCCGCCCUGGUCUCCGUCUUCCAGAUCCACCAGGAGGCCCCGCCCUCCCAGGACAUCCUGGUGUUCCUCACCGGCCAGGAGGAGAUCGAAGCCAUGAGCAAGACCUGCCGGGACAUCGCCAGGCACCUCCCGGACGGCUGCCCCUCCAUGCUGGUCCUGCCUCUCUACGCCUCCCUGCCCUACGCCCAGCAGCUCCGCGUCUUCCAGGGGGCCCCGAAGGGCUGCCGCAAAGUGAUCAUUUCCACCAACAUCGCCGAAACAUCCAUAACCAUCCCAGGAAUAAAAUACGUAGUCGACACCGGCAUGGUCAAAGCAAAGAAGUAUAACCCCGACAGCGGCCUGGAGGUGCUGGCCGUGCAGCGCGUGUCGAAGACCCAGGCCUGGCAGCGCACGGGCCGGGCCGGCAGGGAGGACAGUGGCGUCUGUUACCGACUCUACACAGAGGCCGAGUUCGAGAAGUUUGACAAGAUGACGGUGCCGGAGAUCCAGAGGUGUAACCUGGCCAGCGUGAUGCUGCAGCUCCUGGCCAUGAAAGUCCCCAACGUGCUCACCUUUGACUUCAUGUCCAAGCCCUCCCCAGAGCACGUCCAGGCGGCUGUUGGGCAGCUGGAGCUGCUGGGCGGCCUGGAGCGGAGGGACGACCAGCUCACCCUGACGCCGCUCGGGAGGAAGAUGGCAGCUUUCCCCUUAGAGCCCAGGUUUGCCAAAGCCAUCCUCCUGUCCCCCAAGUUCCACUGCACGGAGGAGAUGCUGACCAUCAUCUCCCUGCUGUCCGUGGACAGCGUUCUGUACAACCCUCCCUCCCGGCGCGACGAGGUGCAGGCCGUCCGCAGGAAGUUCAUGUCCAGUGAGGGCGACCACGUCACGCUGCUCAAUGUCUACCGGGCCUUCAGAAACGCCAAUGGAAACAAGGAUUGGUGCAAAGAGAAUUUUAUCAACAGCAAGAACAUGAUGCUGGUAGGCGAAGUCCGAGCACAGCUGAGGGACAUCUGCCUGAAGAUGUCGAUGCCCAUGGUGUCCUCCCGCGGGGACAUGGAGAGCGUCCGCCGCUGCCUGGCCCACAGUCUGUUCAUGAACACGGCCGAGCUGCAGCCCGAUGGCACCUACGCCACCACGGACACGCACCAGCCGGUGGCCGUCCACCCCUCGUCCGUCCUCUUCCACUGCAAGCCGGCCUGCGUCGUCUACACGGAGCUGCUCUGCACCAACAAGUGCUACAUGCGGGGCCUGUGCGUGGUGGACGCGGCGUGGCUGUGGGACGCCGCCCCCGACUACUUCCGGAGGCGGCUCCGGGCUGCCCGGGACUGAGCCCGCCGCGGCCUGACCGCCAGGAGCUCGAUCCGUGUGUUCCAACUCCCGAGGCCAAGCCGCGGACGUGGGCACCGACCUUUACGUGGCGGGAACCUCAGCAUUGUGCAUCCGGUUGCUGCUGGGGGCCUCCGGGUGACCACGAGCCUCGCUCCGCCGCUGACGGGUGGGGGCACGGGUGGUGGGAGCAGCGCUGACGGGGGCGGGGAAGGAGAGAACCAGGUCCCCACCUCGCCCGUGCUGAGCCGUCAGGCCUGACAGACAGUUUUCUCUGUGAUGGAACUUGAGUCCAGAGUCCAGGUCCCCGGUGACUGAGGGGACUUUCUGGAAGGGACCAUAGCAGGUUGCUGGGCUGUCUGUACCUUCUGUAGAAGCCUGAGGAGGGGGCGCUGCUGUCCCGCCUCCGGGGCUGGCCCCCCUGAACCUUGUCUAGGGGUCCCCAGUCCUGGGCUGGCCCCCUCCUGAACCUCAUGCCCGGGGUCCUCAGAGCCCCUGUGGCACAGACCCCAUCUGCACUUUCGGGAGACGUGGGAGUUUCCCGGUGAAGGCUGAUUUUUAGCUUCUGAAUCACAUCGGGUGUAGAUGUGGGAUACUGACCCCAUGGUUCAGUGGCUCCAGCGUGGCCCGAGGCCCCUGUUCUCUCGAGCUGGACACCUGUGACCCCCACGGGCAUCAGGACUGGCCGGAGCGCUGUGGGGACGGCUGGGGGGAGGGGCCGGCUCUUCCCACCCGCCGCACAUGGGGUCUGUGCUCUUGUGUCCACGUGCUGUCUGGGGCCCUCUUCCUUCCUGGGGACGUGGGGGUGGCCUGGCCCAACUGCUUCCUCCCUGUGCAGGACCCCCGCACCCCGGGCCUGUUUCCACAGGUGUUCCAGGGGCUCGCAGGGUCUCCGGUCUCUUCCCUGCACUGUGUCCUGAGAAGGGAAAAGGCACCAAAGGUUGCUCUGGGCCAUUAAAUUAUGAAAAGCCGGUAAUCUUUCCCAGACAGCGUUUUGCCCUAAAAGAAGCUGAUUUAGCCCUUUUUUGUGCGUCGUUGGUCUACACCGACACUGUGUGGUGUUUUGGUCGUUCUGUACGCAGUGGGCCAUGUGGUUUCCAGGCAGGGGCCACGGCCGGCCUUCACUCUGGGCCUGGGAGCCCUCCUCCCACUGGUGUGCUCCGGCCGCACUCAUCCUUCGGCCUGUCCCUCCGUCCUUGUGUCCGUCUGACCCGGCUUCCAGCACUGGCCGGGCCCAGGCAGCCGCCAGAGCACCUGGACGGACUUCCGUUGGGAACAGUGACGUGCAGGCCAGCUGGGACCCGACAGGGCCGCGAUGCCCCGUUUUACCGAAUUCCUUCCUCAGAUCACCUUCUUUAUGGUUACUGACUUUCUGACAGGGUUUUCAGAAAAAUUUUUAAGUGUAUUUUUCUCACUUCUUAAUAGAGGUCUGGGAUGGUCAACCCAACUUGCCAAAAGAAAAAAUUGUACUUUUAAUAAAACAUGAAUCAUGUUGGUAAAAAAGCUGGGAGUGGGUGAUGACAUUCCUCAGAAUUUGUUAUGCAAAUUCUGUCUAGAGUGUCCUCUGGGGCAAGGGAAGCUUAACCUGCGGUGGUUGAUGCCCUGCGUCAGCACCAGAGCACUUCCCAGAAACGGGCGUCGUGUCCUGAGCAGGAGUAGGGGCUCAGUAGCUUCCAAAAAGCUUUGUUUCUGUACAGAAAACCGUUACCAUUGGAACGUUCUGGUAGAGUUUUAAUAUGGUAGUUUUUUUAACUGGGCUUUUAAUCCAGCUGCUCAGAAAUUGGAGAACCCAGUCUGACUACGCACGGCUACAAAGAAAGAAACAGGGGGUCUAGCACUUUCUUUAAAAAGUGAAAUGUUUCAUAAUGAUGUUGCAGAUGCAAUCAUGAGUUUCUACUAUUCACUUGGUAAAACCUCUGGGGUGAGACCCCCUCCCCCCACCCUGUGAAAUCUGUCUGGACGGUAAACACACAGCGCCCUCCAGCCCAUCGCAUGUCCCAGGGCUCCGGGCGAAGGGAAGCACGCAGGGCGGGCCAGAGUCCCACCAGGAGGGACCCCCAAGCCGCGGUGAUGAGAGCCCUUUCUCGGCGUGGCCUCUGCGGGUCAUGAAGAGCUCCCGCUCCGGGGUCGCUGGUGAUGCGCUGGGACUCCGAGGUCCAUUCACUCUCGAAUCCGCAACCACUUGGACUAGCCCGGCCCGCAAGGUGGGGUCCCUUCCGCGUUCGAGGAGACGCUGUGCCCGUGGGUAAGCAAGGGUGUGAUUAGCGUUUGAUCAGGACGUUCUAACUUGCAGGAGAAAACCCCGACUUUGUUCAGGUUUCUCUUGGGUUUUCAGAGCCUGUUCUCAGACAGCCCGCCGGACAGACUAGACAGAAACCUCUCGUGUGUGAUGCUCCGGUUUGCACAUGCCUCAUAGCCAUUAAAGAGAACUCUCCUACGUGA